AUGCCAAACGGACUGCCGCGCCUGCGGGCUCUCUUCACCAGUUGGGUGAGGAAUAGCGGGACCAGCAUGCAGAAACAAUCAGUGCAGGUGAGUAGUAAAUCCAUGCAAACCAGGCAGAUCACCCAAAGCGCAAGAAGCAACGGCACAUCCAAAGCAGCCGCAACCGCAACGGCAACCGCAGGAGGGACGAUGCUACUCAUCUCCCCAAUCAUGUUUGAAGCGAAACACAAAGAGGAAGAAAACAACCCCAAGACAGAAUACAUAUUCAUGGCAGGAAAGACCAUCGACUUUUUAACGCAAAAAAUUUUUGAAAACGAAUUCGGCACGUCCAUUCUUUAUUUAUCUUUCUUCGUUGCGUAUUUGGCCCUCCUUGCACACGAUAAUAAAGUGAACCUCCUGGUGCAGAAGCUCAAGUUCAAAUACGCCAAUAACAUGUUUGCCAUUGGCCACCCCAAUUAUGCCAAGUACUUAAACAAGCUGAGGAAUCCUCGGAAGGGCAACUAG